CAUGAGCCUCAGACCUAACUCCACCUCCUUCUGUACCAGUGCGAGCCUACUUCGUGUCUUACAGGUGUUGCUGCUACUGUCACUGCUCCUGGCUGUGCUGUUUUCCUCCACCAAUGGACAAUCUGAAAGUAUAGAUGGUGAACCGUACUUUGAACUGCGCUGCUUAUGUAUGAAGACUUUCUCCGGAAUUCAUCCCAGUAACAUCCAAAAUUUGGAGGUGAACAGGGCAGGACCCCAUUGUGCCAAAGUUGAAGUGAUGGCCACGCUGAAGGAUGGGAAGAAAGUCUGCUUGGACCCAGAAGCUCCCAGAAUCAAGAAAAUAGUCCAGAAAAUUUUGGAAAGUGAUGGAUCAGCUGCUUAAUCUGUUCUCUUUCUGCCAAACCUUUUUGCCUUCCAGGAAGGGUAGGAAUUUGAAGGCUUAACUUUCCACAAUUCUUAUUUAUCCGGGAUACCUAUUCUUACUGUAUUAAAAUUUGGAUACAUUUUCCAUUAUGUUUCAAAAAUUACAGUUUAUUCUGAGAAGGCUAAAAGAUGACAGAGAACUGGCCAGUUAGAGCAGUUGGAUAGAGUGUUAUAACACCAAGGUCAAGGGUUCAGAUCUCCCUACAGGCUGGCUGCCAAAAAAAAAAAAAGAAAGAAAAGAAAGAGAAAAGAUGACAAAAGAUGGAAAUGAGCAAGUCUAGUUUCAACGUGUAAUAUAUGGUUUGCUCCCUAAUUCUUGGCUAAACAUUGUACUGUGCUUUGUAUUUCUUUAUUUGAAAAUUUCUUUCCAUACACAUUUGUGCUAAUUUUUCUUUCUACUUUGCUGUUAGACUAGACAUGUCUACAAAGAUUAAUAGAUUUCAUAAUGAUUAGUGAUAUUAGGAAUCACACAGUGCCCAGCCUAGAAUACUUUCUCAGUAAUGUUUGUUAAUAUACUUAAGGACUUAAUGGAGUUUUUCAGUGUCUUAGUUCUAGGAUGUCUUGUUUCAAAACAUUCUUUAAAGUUUUGAAACAUUUUCUGACAGUUAUUAUACCCUUCUAACCCUACAAAUAAUAAAGUUGUAAAUGUAAGUCUUGUAAACAGUGAUUAUUUACUCUUAAGUGAAUAUAUUUAAUGCUAGUAGGGCAAAAAUAUAUGAAAAAGAAACAUUAAUAUACUCUACAAAAACAACUCCAGUAUUUUCUGCAACAAAAGAAAAAGAAAGAAAAAGGUAGCUUUUAUCUAAUGUUAAAUGUUUUACUCUGGCAUGUUUGUCUACAUUUGCAUUUAUUUAAUAUGUACAUGAUACAAUUUUUGUAUUAGAAGCAGCUUUGCAAGUAAGUAUAAUAAAGAACUUAAACUUUA